AUGGACUUUUGCCUGCGGUGCAACUCUCUCAGCUGUCGAGCACCCUUGAAAGAAAGGGCCAUCGUCACUACUUGUUCGCACAUCUUUUGCCUUCAAUGUGCCGACGGCCUUGGCCUUUCACGCCCCAUUGGAAGCGAGCGUCGCUGUCCGGCUUGCGAAACGAUCCUGAAUAACCCAGACGAUGCCGUGAAUACGGUUCUGCGACCUACAGAAGACUACAAGACUAGUGUCCUGAGUGGACUAGACCCGACAACUAUAAUGGAGUGUGCUGGGCGGGCAUUGACAUUUUGGACCUAUCAGACCACUCAAGAAGUUACCUUCCAAGAAUACUUAGUAAAGUCAUUGACGGACAAAUACACGAACUUGAAUACCCAGAUGGACAAGGUUAUCCACAACGCCAACACGGAGCUUUCAGCAAUGCAAUCGAGACUCUCUGAUAUGCAGGCGGCGAAGGAACAGCUUCGAAAGAAGAACCAUGAACUCGUCGAGAUGUACCGAGAAAAGUGCAAGAAAUUUUCUCAAAUCACCAAUCUAUACAACCUGGUCAAAUCUCGAGCCGUGCGGUCACAAAUGCGGACAGCGGCUGCGACACAGGUAGUCAAUUCUCUUGAACUCCCGCGCCAUGAUCCUGUAGCAUUGGCAGCCAGUUCAUUUGGUGUAUCAGCGCCUCCCCAAACUCCAUCCACGUACCAGCAACAGGCAUAUCCCGUAGAUCUUGAGGGCGUGGAACAACUACAUCGACACCAGCGAAGUGGCACUGGAAGCUCGAAAGGGAAGCAUGCAGCCGACGCGAUUGCAAUGCCGCCUCCAAGUCGUCCUGUCGCCGCUUUGAGAAGGGGUACGGCCGGUUCCCACGUUUCCCUUUGGAGUUCGCUAAUAUGCCAUAGGUGA